GGCAGAGGAAACAGGAAAUGACUUAGAUCUGGAAGGGGAAGGAAGGAGAGCAUCUUUGCAACAGCCGGAGACCGGGAAGGUCUCCCUGCGAAUGUGGGGACCAUCUGUGAAGAUGGAAGUGGAGUUCUUUGAGGAGGAAGGGUCUCCUUUGGAGGAAGAGCAGAAGGCACAGGCACAGGAGUGUGCCCAAGAGGCCCUCUCACACGGCAGUGAAGAGACGGUGCUGAGUCUUUGUGGAGGAGUGGAAACGGCCGCUGCCCCUGCAGUCCAGGGUCCCUUUUCCUUGGAGGAGGUGGCUGUCUCAUUUACUGAGACAGAAAGGGUUCUGCUGGAGCCGGACCAAAGAACUCUGUACAGGGACAUAAUGCUGGAGGACUAUGGGAACGUGGCCUCUCUGGAAAGCAGGGAUGUUCAAGAGGCUGCAGUGGAGACAGACGAAGGGCUGGAGAGUCUCUCAAGAAGAUCUCAACCCAAUAUUCCCUUCCCGAGGGAGCUGGCUGCCGCAGGAGAUGGCGAGGAGUCAGUUGGGAAAUUUCAGGGAUUCUCUCAGGGAAAAGCCAUGAAUGAAAAGACUGAAGGAAACUUUGAGAAUAGAGAUGGACCAGAGAAGCAGGAAGGAAACUGUGGAGUGAAGAGGAUGGUGAAGCCCAUUCCUUACCAAGAAGCGGGCUUCCAUGAAAUCCCAGACCAUAGCCAUAACCAAUGGACUCCCUCCGAAGUGAACUUAUUCAUCUGCUCCAAGACUGGAAUGACGUUCUCCAAUUGGAGAAAGGGUAAUGUAUGUUUUCCAAAGCACAGUAUAAUGAACGCAUGGAAAUGCAGUUAUUGCGGAAAGUAUUUCAGAUACAGACCACAGUUGCUUCUACACCAAAAAAUACACGCAGCACAGAAGCAUUUUGAAGGCACAGAAGGACGGAAGAAAUUCACUAUUAUUUCCAGUCUUCAAAAGCACCGAAGGACCCACACAGGGGAGAAACCUUUUGAAUGCUCAGAGUGUGGAAAGAGAUUUAGUCAGAGUGGCCAUCUUCAACGACAUCAAAGAGUCCACACAGGGGAGAAACCGUAUGAAUGCUCAGAGUGCGGAAAGCGAUUCAGUCAGAGUGGCAGUCUUCAACAGCAUCAAAGAACCCAUACAGGGGAGAAACCAUUUGAAUGCGCAGAGUGUGGAAAAAGAUUCAGUGUCAGUUCCAGUCUUCGAAAGCACCAAACAACCCACACAGGGGAGAAGCCUUUUGAAUGUUCAAUCUGUGGACAGAGAUUCAGUCGGAGUGCCCAUCUUAAAAAGCAUCAAAGAAUUCACACAGGGGAGAAGCCUUUUGAAUGUUCAGAGUGCGGAAAGAGAUUCAGUCAUGGUGCCAAUCUUCGGUAUCAUCAAAAAACCCACACAGGGGAGAAACCUUUUGAAUGUUCAGAGUGUGGAAAGAGAUUCAGUCGGAGCAGCAAUCUUCAACAGCAUCAAAGAACCCACACAGAGGAGAAACCAUUUGAAUGCUCAGAUUGUGGAAAAAGAUUCCGUGACAGUUGCAGUCUUCUAAAGCACCAAACAACCCACACAGGGGAGAAGCCUUUUGAAUGUUUAAAGUGUGGACAGAAAUUCAGUCAGAGUGGUCGUCUUCAAGAGCAUCAGAGAACCCACACAGGGGAGAAGCCUUUUGAAUGCUCAGAAUGUGGAGAGAGAUUCAGUCGUAGUGCCAGUCUUCAGUAUCAUCAAAAAACCCACACAGGGGAGAAACCUUUUGAAUGUUCAGAGUGCGGACAGAGAUUCAGUCGGAAUAGCAAUCUUCAACAGCAUCAAAGAACCCACACAGGGGAGAAACCUUUUGAAUGUUUAGAGUGUGGAAAGAGAUUCGGUCGGAAUGCCCAUCUUCAAGAACAUCAGAGAACCCACACUGGGGAGAAACCUUUUGGAUGUUCAGAGUGUGGAAAGACAUUUGGUAAGAGUGCCCAUCUUCAGGACCAUCGAAGAACCCACACAGGGGAGAAACCUUUUGAAUGCACAGUGUGUGGAAAGAGAUUCAGUUGGAGUGGUUAUCUUCGGAAGCACCAGAGAAUCCACACGGGAGAGAAACCAUUUGAAUGCUCAUAUUGUGGAAAGAGAUUCAGUCAGAGUUGCCAUCUUCAAGAACAUCAAAGAACUCAUACAGGGAGAGAAACCCUUUGAAUCCUUAGAGUGCGGAAAGAGAUUUAAGUUGGACAUUUUGACAACAUCUACCAACUGACAUAAGGAAGAGCCAUGUAAUCCCUUAGGCCGGGAAAAGAGUUAUUUUCUUAUUUCACAAGUAAAAGACAACCAGAAACUACAUAAAGCAGCGAAA